AUGGCCGGAGCUCAAGGAUCGCCGGUGCGGCAAGAGCUGUCUAAAUCAUUUUCUAGUAUCUUCAAGAAGCCUAAUGAUGUGUCAAUCCGAAAAGACUCUUUAAUUAAGGAGAUAAGCUUCGUCAAUGGCACUCCAACUUUGGAAUUUGAAGACGAUGAAUUUGAGAAGCUAAUUGCCCCUCAUCGUUUGUGCUUGGUUGGAAAAUUUUCGUAUGGGAGACCGAAAAUGAAGGAAAUGCACGACGAAUUUAAGAAGAUCGGUUUCAAUGGUGGCUACACAUUGGGUCUUAUGAAACCUUGGUACGUGUUGGUCCGUUUUGAGCAGGAAGAUGAUUAUCAAUGUUGUUGGAUAAGGAUGUUCUGGAACAUAGGUGGAUUCUCAAUGAGGAUUUUGAAAUGGACUCCGAGUUUCCAUUUCAAAGAAGACCCACCAGUGGUGCCUGUUUGGGUUUCUCUUUAUGACUUACCCAUUGAAUACAUGCAUCUGGAGGUGAUUUAUUCGAUGGCUACUGCUUUAGGCCAGCCUUUGAAGGUUGAUACACUCACCUUGAACAUGACUCGCCCCUUUGUCGCGCGGUUUUGCAUUGAAAUUAACCUAACCAAAGAUUUGCCGAAAUCGGUUAGGGUUGGAAAGAAGGGUUGUAAACAUGAGCAAUUAUUAACCUUUGUGCACAUUCCGUCUUACUGUGUUAAAUGUAGUAAGAUUGGUCACAAGGAUCCGGAAUGUCGGAUUGGAAAGCCUCUUCAGCGGAGAAAGGAUGUUGAGCCCAUAGUCGUGAAGAAGAAGGGGAUUAAACUAGCUCCGUCGAAACCUAAGUGGUCUUUCCAAGGAGGGAGUGGUAAGCUUGGUUUGGAUGUAGAAAUUCUGAACUUAAACCUUUUGAUUUGUAAAGGGAUUGAACCAGAAGUGAUGGAGUCGUCUGUUCCUUCAUCGCGCCCUGCAGAAACCCUAGAUGCGUGCGCCCUUGAAGCCAAAGUUGCAGAAACCCUAGGGAGUGAAUUGGUGCCUCAAUCAAUGAUCAACCCAAAUCCUCCGCAAACAGGAAAUAUGUUUUCGGUGCGGCAAGGUUUAGAUGAAGGUGAUAAUGAAUUGCCUUUGGAGAAAGACAAAAGUGCAAGCUCUGCUGUUUCCUCUAAUAUACUCCCUGCUACGGUGACCACAAAUCGUUUUGCAGCACUGGAGAUAAUAGAGGAGGUGGUGAACGAAGUUGUUAGUGUGGAACGGGAAGAGUACGUUAAAGAUAUGUAUGUCGAAAACCCUCCGACUCAGCAUGAAAUUCAGAAUGAUAAUGAGAUAGCUGGUGACUCCCAUGAGGUCCUGAUGCUUGAGAACUUGAGUCCCUUGGAAUCUGGAAAAUGUUUGGACGAUGGUGACAUAGGCAAAGUCUCUAAACCUAUGGAAAUGGAAGAUGUUGACAGGGGCGUCUGGUCAGAUGGUGAUGCUGACAACGUUCAUGUGACAGGAUCAGUGCAAGGGGAAGGUUAUGUACACAAAAAGCAUGGUCAGAAGUUGAAGGAAGAGAAAGAGAAAAUGCAAGAAAUGUAA